UCAGCAUGACAACACGCAUUGAAACCCUACUUCAGAGUCCUUUGGAAUCAAGGGGUUUGUCUUUUACCCCAUGGCCCAACCCUGAACUACAAGACAUGAAGCUCAGGCUGCCUCUUCCCCCUGGUAGCCCAGAGCCAUGGCUUCUUCCAGGCUGCAGCUCAGUAUAUGACAGCCUGGUCAGCUCUAGGACGCCCCAGUCACCUAUGAGUGGAGAUCAGAAUUCCUCUACCAUGAACAAACCUCGCAGAUCCUCUAUUCUUGAGCGGUGCAUCCUGAAGAUUUCUACAGCUAAUGUUGCUGUAGGGACUGAGGAUUUAGAUGAGAUCAAGAGAUCCCCAACAAGGCACCGAUGGCGUUCACACAAUGUGGAUCCAUCAUUUUUUGAGACUAAUGAGUCUGUGUUGAAGCGACGGCAAAAGCAGAUUCAGUAUGGAAAGAAUACUUGCGGUUACCAGAACUAUGUGAAGCAAGUGCCAAAGUGUUUUCGCAUCCCUGGGUUUCACCCAUCCACUCCCAACAAAUAUCGCAAGUAUAGUCGAAGAUCUUGGGAUAUGCAAGUCAGACUUUGGAGAAGAGCGCUGCAUGCGUGGGACCCACCUUUGACUUCUCAAGGACCUGAAGGAAAUGAUCCAGUUGAUCAACUGCAGGGUCUGCUUGAACAAAUGAACACUGACAUGAGUGAAGAAGGAAAGGGGGAAAAGUCCGAAACCUUUGACCCCAGUGUUUCUGUACAUGCUGAGACUUCUGAGGGCUCAUCCGAUGGUUUCCUGAAGCCUCUCAUGCCUCAAGCUGAAAUAACAAGCCAGCAAGGCCAUUCUUCUGGACUGGGCUAUACCUUUAACAGUCAAUUAACUGCUGAGGAGAAUGUUCUAGGAUGGCUGAGGUUUCUCUUGGAGACUGACAACACAUGCAGUGAAGCUGCUUUGCAGAGUGAACAGCCACUCUGGAGAUUUUACUAGUGUACCGUGAUUAUUAUUAUAUAUAUAUA